CUCCGCCUCAGUCUUCCUUAUAACAUCAAAACUCCGAUAAAUUGCAGCAAAAUUUACAAACAGAGAAAAAAAAAAGGAGUUUGAACCAAACAAAACCCUAAUUGAAACUCACAAAAGGUGAGAAGAAAAAUCGAUGAUUUGAUUUUCAAGGUUUUUUUUUUUUUUUUUCCGUUGGCUCUGUGGUUUUUUGAUCAAUCAAUCGAAGGUCAGUUAACAUUAUUAUUGCUAAUUUACGGUUUUUUUGAGAGGUUUAAUUGAAGAAAAAACAAGGAAAUACGAGCCUCAUGUACCUCAUUGGUGUUUAUUUGGUGUAAAUUACAUAAGGAUUUGAUUUGAUUUGUUGAUAAUUAUAUAUAGGUGUUAGGGACUGUUAAAUUAACGUAUAUAUUAUGCAAUUAUCGCGUAAAGCGUUGGUUUCGAGGAGAAGGAAGGAUAAUAAAUUGGUAAAUUCUAGGGCUAGGAAGAAACACAAAAGAUUAGAUGAAGUUUGUGAAGAAACAUAUAAUCAAAACCAUAAUAAUGGUGUUGAAAACGUCGAAACGAGUGAGUUGAAUGGUGAGGAGAGUGAGGUUGAGGUUCGAAGGAGUUCUAGGGUUCGAAAAGCUGUUGUUGUGCUUGAUGCAUCGCCUCUACCCCCGAAAAAAAGACAGAAAAUUGAUAGGAAGGUUGAGAGAGGAGAUGUGGUGAAGGUGGAGUCGCGUUGUUCGACUUCCAAGGGUUUGGAAGAAGAAGGGACUAGUGGUUGGGGAUCGAGGUUGAGAACUAGGAGUAAGAGAACGAGUAAUAGAGUAAGGAAUAGUAUUGUGAAGUCGUCGUCGUCUCCAGUGGGUAAAAGGAAGCUUUUUCAGGAUGUUGACAGGCCGAAGGAAGAAGAACCGGAGUUAGAUAAACAAGAAGAUCGUGAAUGUGAAAAAUCAACUAUAGUUAAGUCGAAGAGACCUGGAAGUGUAAAAGCUUCAAAUGUGGUGGUUACCAAGCGGCAAGAAACUGAUACAGGUGGUGGUGUGGAGGAUGGUAAAAUGAUAAACCAGGAGGAGCUGCAACAAGUGAGGGAUGAAACAGAUGAUGGCAUUUCGAAGACUGGGUUUGAGGAGGGAGUUGAGGAUGUCAAUGUGCCAUUGCCGUUAGUUGACAAAGACGAGGUUCAGUUAGAGACUUGUGCAGUGCCAGAAGAAUGCCACACAGCUGACGGGGUGAAUACACUGGAACAGGACUUGCGAAGUAAAAAUGAAGUGAGCGUUGGAGUGAAUGACCAAACGGAUGCUGUGGAAGGUGGUUUACUUGCUAAUGGUGAAAAGGAUGGAGGCACAGGGAAGCAAGCUAAAGAUGGAGUUGACAGAGUUGGUGAUGCCCAGGAAGAUGGUGUUUUUGGUGAUAAAGCUCUGGAAACGGAGAAGGUGGUUAAGAAAGAAUGUGCUUCUUAUAGUACUCUGAGAAAGCGGCGAAUAAGAGAAGGAAGACAUUGUGGUUUGUGUGGAGGAGGUACCGAUGGUAAACCUCCAAAAAAGCUAGUUUAUGGGGCUGCCAGUGAUGAUGAAACACACAGUGGGUCCUCAAGUUCUGACGAACCUAACUAUGACAUGUGGGAUGGAUUUGGUGAUGAACCUGGCUGGCUUGGGCGCCUCUUGGGGCCCGUAAAUGAUCGUUAUGGUAUAGCUGGGAUUUGGGUUCAUCAGCAAUGUGCUGUAUGGAGUCCAGAGGUUUAUUUUGCUGGCUUGGGAUGCUUGAAAAAUGUUAGGGCAGCACUCUGCAGGGGAAGGGCUUUAAAAUGCAGCCGCUGCGGAAGGCCUGGGGCAACAAUUGGUUGCCGUGUUGAUAGAUGUCCAAAAACUUAUCACCUGCCUUGUGCACGGGCCAAUGGCUGCAUCUUUGACCAUCGCAAAUUUCUCAUUGCCUGUACAGAUCACCGACAUCUCUUCCAACCAUAUGGAAGUAAUUAUUUGCAGCGUAUAAAGAAAUUGAAAGCCAGAAAACUGAAGUUUGAGCUGCGAAAGUUGUCAAAUGAUGCAUUGCGUAAUGAUGUUGAAGCAGAGGAAAAAUGGUUGGAGAACUGUGGAGAGGAUGAAGAGUUUUUGAAACGUGAAAGCAAGAGACUUCAUCGAGAUCUGUUGAGAAUCGCGCCUGUAUAUAUUGGGGGCUCAAACUCUGAUGCUGGAAUACAGUUUCAGGGUUGGGACUCCGUUGCCGGGCUCCAAGAUGUCAUCCAAUGUAUGAAAGAAGUUGUUAUCUUACCGCUUUUGUAUCCUGAGCUCUUUAGUUCUUUGGGGCUUACGCCUCCUAGAGGAGUUCUUUUGCAUGGAUAUCCUGGGACAGGUAAAACUUUGGUAGUACGGGCACUAAUUGGUUCAUGUGCACGUGGUGAUAAACGAAUAGCAUAUUUUGCCCGUAAAGGAGCAGAUUGUUUGGGAAAGUAUGUCGGUGACGCUGAGCGUCAGCUGAGACUUCUAUUUCAGGUAGCCGAGAAAUCUCAACCUUCUGUCAUUUUCUUCGAUGAAAUAGAUGGUUUGGCACCUUGCCGUGGUAGGCAGCAGGACCAGACGCAUAGUUCAGUCGUGUCCACUUUGCUUGCUCUAAUGGAUGGUUUAAAAUCUAGAGGUUCAGUUGUUGUAAUAGGUGCCACAAAUCGUCCUGAUGCUGUUGAUCCAGCAUUAAGGCGGCCGGGUAGGUUUGAUCGUGAGAUUUAUUUUCCACUUCCAUCUGUUAAGGACAGAGAAUCUAUUCUCUCAUUGCAUACGAAGAAAUGGCCUAAACCAGCCUCUGGACCAGUACUCAGGUGGAUAGCUAGAAAGACUGUGGGCUUUGCUGGUGCUGAUUUGCAGGCUCUGUGUACUCAGGCAGCCAUAAUUGCUUUAAAAAGGAGCUUUCCCUUGCAUAAGCGACUCUCUGCAGCUGUGAAGGUGCCCAAUGUUGCAUGCCCCCCUCUUCCCAAUUUUAAGGUGGAGGAGAGGGACUGGGUAGAGGCUCUUACAUGUGCACCACCUCCAUGUUCACGUAGAGAAGCUGGAAUGGCUGCAAACGAUGUGGUUUCGGCGCCUUUACACACAUUUCUUGUUCCAUGUCUGCUGAAACCACUUAUUAGAUUGCUUGUAUCCCUUUAUCUGGACGAACGCCUCUGGUUGCCGCCCCUACUCUUCAAAGCUGCUGAAUUUGUAAAAGAUGUUAUUCUUUCUGCAAUGGUUGAGAAGAAAUUACCAAGCAGUAAUUGGCAGUCCUAUGUUAAUGACCUGCUUCAAGAACCAGGUGUUAUAAGUCAAAUUGAGAAUCACUUUAUACGUGCCAACAUUCUUGUUGGAGAUGCUAAUAUUGGUGGUUUUGAUGCUGUUGAUGAUGACCAUGUUCAUGGUCUCUCUAAUUCUGAAUCAUCAAAAUUGCAGUGGGCAGGGGCUCGGCCUAAUUUAUUGAAGAAUAUCUUUCAUAUGCCUGGAAAGAAAUCGGGAUUUAGAAUACUAAUUUCUGGAAAUCCAAGAUCUGGCCAGAGGCAUCUUUCUUCUUCUCUUCUUCAUUGUUUUGUUGGGAAUGUUGAUGUCCAGAAGGUGGAUUUGGCUACUAUUUCUCAAGAAGGUCGAGGAGAUGUCAUUCAGGGGUUGACGCAGAUACUGAUGAGAUGUGCUACUGUGGGGAAGUGCAUGAUAUUUAUGCCAAGAGUUGAUUUAUGGGCCAUGGAGACAUGUGAUCAAGUCUGUCAAGAGGAUGAUUGCUCUUCGGUAAACCCUGAAUCAUUAGGCAAGGAAGCUCAUUUGCAUUAUAAUAUUGAUAAGGAAACUGCUGACCAGGCUGGAGAUGCUCUGAAAAUAGCCUCAUAUCUGUGGAGCUCUUUUGUUGAGCAAGUGGAAACUAUAUGUGUGUCCACAUCUGUGAUGCUUCUGGCUACAUCUGAUGUACAGUUGGAAGCACUCCCUGUUAGAGUGAGGCAAUUCUUUAAAAGUCAGGUGUUGAACUGCAGCACCCCAAUUCCCUUGGAGGAUUCAGUUUCUAGAUUUACUGAGCAGCUUGAUAGAAAUUUUGAUCAAGAAUGUCUGAUUGAUUCCUCAGCUGCAAAGUUGUCAAAAGAUUUAGCUCAGCACUUCAUUCAGCUGAUUCAUCGUACAAACCAUGUCCACUUGCACACAUGCAAUGAUGAAGCUAGUGAUAAAGUUGAGGGCGAUGUUGCCGUAGAAUGUCAGAAGUCAGAUCUUAGAUCAACCAUUGAGCAUGUGAAUAAACAAUGUCCAAUUCCUACUUCUGCAAUAGUUAACAGUAGAAAUGUUAAAGGGAAAUCAAGCUUGAUGUUAGCAAUUACCACAUUUGGCUAUCAAAUUCUGCGAUAUCCUCAUUUUGCUGAACUUUGUUGGUUUACAUCCAAGUUAGGAGAAGGUCCUUGUGCUGACAUAAAUGGACCUUGGAAGGGUUGGCCAUUCAAUUCUUGUGUUAUACGUCCUAUUAACUCAUUCAGAAAUGUUACCCUUUUAUCUAACAAUAAUAAAGGCAAAGAGAAAUACUGUAUGGUGCGAGGCCUGAUAGCUAUUGGAUUGUUGGCAUACAGAGGCAAAUACUCAUCUGUCAGAGAAGUUUCUUUAGAGGUUCGAAAAGUUCUCGAGCUUCUGGUUGAACAUAUCAAUGAUAAAAUCCAGAAUGGGAGGGAUAGGUAUCAAUUUGUUCGUCUUUUAUCCCAAGUUGCUUAUCUCGAUGACAUGGUUAAUAGCUGGGUUUAUACAUUGCAGAGUUUAGGGGGAGACUCUCAAUUUGCUGAGGCAAAGCCAAAGAUUGGUUGUGCUGGACUUCCAGAAAGUGCUGAUGCUUCUGAGAAUACACCUCUGAGGGAGGGAGGUUGUGAGCUAGAAGAAUCCCUUGACAAACCGGAGACACUGGAAAAAUGUCGGCCAGAACUAACUGCUGAUAAUUGUAGGCGUGUUAAUCCAGAAGCAAAUGGUGUUUCUAAUCUUCCAGAUAUUGGAGCUGUAGAACACGAGCCUCCCGGCUUGGCGGCUGUGAACCAUUCUGCUCCUUCUAGGCAAGUUACCGGUUCUGUGGAUAGUGUUCUUCAUCAUAAUUCAUGCAUGCCAGAUGAUACUGACAUACAUUUAGAAAGUAGUGGAGAUUGUGUAUCUAAGAGACAUUCUAAUGGGCUCAUGGAGUUAAAUAUUGAUGAUGUUCAAGAGGAUGGUAGUAAUUAUUCCAAGGACAGGUGUCGCGUUGAGCUUUCUAAUUAUAGUAUGAGUUCCAACACAAAUGGCAGAUUAUCCACUCCAAACAAUCUUCAAAUUGGAGACAGCAACCAAAAGUCUGUUGGCAAUAGCAUAGGUCUUGAAUGUUCAAAUAAAUCUUCCAAUCUUUCAACUGAUUCUAGCGUAGUUUGUUUAUAUCAGUGCUGUCCUCAGUGCUUGCUGAAUCUUCAGCGCACCUUGAAAAAGAUGCUUUCCGACGAGUGGGGACUGAAAAAGGUUGAGUGUAUGGUCGAGGAUGCUUAUGACUUUCUGGCCUCAUUAGCUGCAAAUCUUCAUUCGGCUUUGAGGAUGUGGUUGAUUGCUGAUGAUUCAACUUUGCUUGAUGAGAAGCGAGUACGAGAAGAAGGUUAUACGGAAUACAAGGAAACUAACUUGUGUGAAUGUAGAAACUUAGGGAACAGGUUAAUCAAGCUGAGAGAAUGCCACUGCCAUUUGAAAAGCAGUGUCCAAACUGAGAAACGCAAAUCUUCUCAGAAGUUGCCUCAGGAGUUUAUAUUUAGAGAUGGUGUACUGACCAAUUUAGACAAGAAGGAUGUCUCUACUCAUUGUAAAUUUGAGACUUUAUGCCUUUGUUCUCUUGUAGAGUGGAUAGUAACGAGAAGGGAGCCUUUUGAUUGACUGGCAUAUAUCCGAGAUUUUUUAUUCGACUGCAGAGUAUUACUGGAAGUUGAACUACGAUAUGUAAAAAUCGAAAUUUUGGUUUUCAAUUUCAGAUUAAUUUGAUUUUCUCA